AUGUCAUCAGAAACAAAAGUUGUAUCGGAUACAUCAGUGCCACUCUAUCAGGUCGAUGAUACCAAUAAAUUGCAAUGCUCUACACCAACAUCAUCAACUAUUCACUUGUUCACCAAGUCAAUAUUAACAUCAAAUAAGCAACAAAUAAUUGGUGAUUUAAAUAGUGAAAGUACUACUCAACAACAUCCUAUUGAACCUGGUAAUAUUCAUUGUAGUAGAUUAGCUUCCGAUUUAAAUCAAGCCUCCACAGUAUACUUUAUUAACAAAUCUAAAUUAUUCAAAAUUAAAUAUGAAUUACCUAGUAGUGAAGUAAAUGUAUGGAAACCAACCAAGAAUGCUAAAUUACCUUAUCCUUUACUUAUUUCCGAUAUUGAUGUUACUAAAAUUUAUCAAUCCACAUUAGAUGUUAAUUUCCAAGGUAUUGAAAUCGAUAAGAAUAGAAUUGGUUUAACUGAUGAUAUGGGAAAUAUUUAUAUUUUAAAUAACACAUUUUCUACUAGUAAUAAUGAGGAAGAUGAUGAGGAAACUGAUAACAGUUCAAAGAAGAGAAAAGUUGACGAAAAGAGUACUAUUCAAUGUGUUUACAAUAAUAUUGAUACAAUUAAAUAUCAUGUUAAAGGUCACACUUCACUUAAAUUCCAUCCAACUAAUGAAGCUGUUAUUAUUAAGAGUACUUUUGAAACUAAGAACGUUUCUAUUUUUGAUAUCAAUAACCAAAAGAGCAUAUUUUCUGUUAACACAAUGCAAAAUCCAACCAAAUUGCAUACCUUUGAAAUUCCACAAUCAAAUAAUACAUUAUUAGCAAUUGGAGAAUAUAACAAUGUUUCAAUUUGGGAUUUCAGAACAAACAAACCAGUUAAUAGACUGACUAGAACUAGAGGAAUUGUUUAUGAUAUGGAUAUUACAACCAAUGUUAAAUGUGGUAAAAAUAAUUCUAAUGCCUUAUUGGGUGUUAUUGGAAGUGACAGAACUGUCUACAUGUAUGACACUAUGAAAUGGUCUCCAAUUCACAAGUGGCAAAAUUGUUUGAAAUAUGCUCCAUCUUACUUAUCCUUCUCAAAUAUUAAUAAGGAAUUGUGCUACGUUGCUGGUUUUGAUAAUAGUGAAUUCAAAUGUGGUAAUUUCGUUGAUCAAAAACAACAAAGAAAGGGUAGAGGUCAUGGUCUCUAUGCUGACAAUAGAUGGAUUGGUAUGACUAAACCGAAUGCGCAAGAUACUAUCGUUGGUAUUAGUAUGAAUGGUUCUUUAUAUGUUAUUGAACAUCCACACCGAAUGGCUCCAAACUUGAAUGAUUUAGUUCCUUCUACAGAAGCUCAAGAUGUCAUGGACGAAUAA